AUGUUGUCUGAUAUUAAAGAUUAUGGACCGGGCUUCGACUAUUUCCUGGACACUCCGUGCAAUGACUGGGAUGCGCUCCAGUAUCACGAAUUCUGGAAAAAUAACAAUUUUGGUUUAGACAAAGCGACUGUAAUAAGAAGCUUCAACAAACAAAUACAGCAAAUAAAAGAAUAUGGAACAGAAGUGGAAAUAAAGAAUGCGAUACGUCUUGAAAAUCAACUCAAGCUACCCAUGGAACUACGUCUUCGCAUGGUUAUGGACUACGUCUCCGCUAAAGGAGGUCGUAUAGAUAACUUUUGGACGAAGUCUUUACCUAGAUUGAAACAUCGUAACGUUGCGGAGGUAAUAAAUAAUACCAAAAAUCGAUUUUAUUCCUGUGAUGGAGUACAAGUUGGAAGUGGCAAUACUAAUCAAAGCAAUAAACGAUCCUAUGGGAAUUGUGAACAAUCAAACAUUGAAGAAAUACCAACUAAAGGGAGCAAAAAACAAAAGCCUGACUUCUUAAAUUUGUUAUAUAUACAAAAUAAAUCUUUUGGAUUAUAUAUCCAUCCAUCAGAACGAUAUGUAGAAGAUGAACCAUCAGGUUCAGAUGAGGAAGUUUCUCCGGCUCUUCCCAACUGUUGGAAUAAUUCUUUGGAUGGUCAUAAUGAGUCAAAUGGCCAUGACAUGUUGGAUAUAGUAAUAGGGAUACACGAAGACGAUGAUGAAAAUCCUUUCAUCAUAAAGAACGGAAAAGGAUCAAGAAACAAUAAGUUUAAGACCACUCUAUCAUGGAAACAUGCAAUCAACAAUAUUGACAUAAAUGAUGCUUCUAUGAAUGAUUGGGUGGCAGAGAAUCACAACGUCUCCCUUGAUUUCCGCAAUUUUCAGCUUGACGUAAUAAAUCAAUUGAAAGACAACCAAACGUUUUCAUAUUUUAAAGAUAUGGAACAGAUAUUUGAAUCCAAGCCAGAAUAUGUGUCAUGUUCUGAAAAAGUGUGGAAGAAAAUUCGCCCAAGACCAUUAACUCCAAUUAUGUUGCCACAGAAUGUUAUAAUGAUAAUUUCUGAAUACAAUACGCUUUUGAAUGAUAAGCAGUUGAUGAAUACAAGAUGGUGUGAAAAUUGGUCACUAAGGGAUACUUUGCAAACAGAUGAAGAUAGAGAUAUUUUUGAGUGUGUGCAAAUAGUGUCAAGAAAUUUUUUUAUGUAUCUAUCCUCAGUAAGUUUCAACGAGAGCAAUGAGUUGAAUGAAGACACAUUUGUCCAUCGGUAUUGCCAUCAAAUUCUUGAAGAGAUAUUUGGUAAAACUGAUUUUGCAUUAGUUUGGGCGAAUGGCGAGUCCGAAAGUUCGAAAGAAAGACGGGCAUUAGAUGGCAACAAUCACGGAAGGAAACCGGACUUUCGAGUACUUGGAAAAAUAGACGAUGCAAACAGAGAAUUCUUAUUUGGCGAAAUAAAACCUCCAGCCCAUACAGAUAUUAUAAGUAAAGGUGUGAUAAAGCUGGCGGAGUUUAUGAAGGGAUCUUUAGACCUUAUCAUCAAUAGAUGUGGUUAUAUUGUCGGUAUAGAAAUCUAUGGAAUAUUGAUCUGUGGAUAUGUAAUUAAAAUUUUUAACAUGGAUUUGGCGUAUGAUGGUCUUUAUCGUUGUAGUUUAUUAUCAAAAAUACUGCUUCCAACAGAGAAUUCGAAUUUUCUAAACAUCGUUACUGUAGUGUCUACAUUAUAUUCAUUACUGAAAAGGUUAAGAUCUACAAUCAAUGUAGUAAAUUCAUCUCAACUACAAUCAUCAUCUUCAAGUCAUUCUUAUUGUCGAAAUCGAAUUCGUCACCAAGAAAAAUACGCGUACCGAUGGUCAGAGCUUAGUUCGGAAUUAGUUCACGUCGUACAAAAGGAUCAGUCCAACCAAAUUGAACAAAAACCGAACGAAAAAACCGACCGACCGGAAAUGAACAGGCCUAAUAAAAACUUACAUACCGCGCUUACUUCCGAAUAG